GCCUUGACUUAUUCUGAUGAUAUAGAUGAAGAAACAUUGAUACCGAUGCGUCGACUUCGAUAUCCAAAUGAAUUGGACGAAUUGGUGUCAGAAUUAGAGAACAUGCAUUUUGGUGGACAUGUGGCCAACACUGGGCGAGCACUUGACUUUGUAAACGACGUCAUCUACGAGAGAAUUGAUAGAAGAAGAGAGCAUUUCGUUGUUCUUGCGACAUCAGGAAGAUCGAGAGAUGACGUUCGUGAUGCAUCUAGGCAACUUCGCGACAGAGGUGUCAACAUUCUGGCAACCGGUGUGAAACUUGACAAAGUGGCGGAAGAAGAACUUAUACAAAUGGCUGGAAUGGAAAGAACGUCUUUACUGCUGCAAAAUUUCAGGACAUGGCAUCCAUACCGGCUAAAAUAUUUGAGAUUUCUAGAACAACUGGGUGUACCACUGCCAGCAAAUCUCAGUCCUGUCCUUGACUCUACCUCACGGGAACGGGUCUGA